GUGGGAAGCUGGCACUGCAGACUAGGGCUUUAACCCACUGCGCCAUAGCGCCGGCCCCUGCAGUAGCUUUCUGAUUUCUGUGCUUCCGUUCUUACUGCGCUACAGUCCGUCCUCCUCAGAGCCAGGACACUUGUGGCGCACGGCCCUGCCUUGCCCCAUGGAGCAGCUUCCCAUUGCUCUUAGGACAGAACCCACAUGCCUUGCGGCAAAGCCUGGCUUCUGCCUGUUGACCUGUCUUGCUGGUUACAGCCCUUUCAUUUCCUCUGAUUUACCAAGCCUUUUCUCUCCUUCAGGCUUCUGUAUUUCCUGUCCUUUUGGUUUGGAAUUCCUCCCCUGCCCCAGAUCUCAGCAUGUCCAGUUUCUGUGCUUUUCAGGGGCUCAGCUCACCUGUCCUCCCAAUGACUUUCCCAGGCCUGUUCUUUGCAAAACUGCCUUCCCUGUGACUCUCCCUCUCAUUUUACCUGGUGUGUUUUGGCGUGUGGACUUUGCUGAUGGUGUGCAUUUAUUUAUUUAUUUAUUUAUUUUUUAAAGAUUUAUUUAUUUGAAAAGCAGAUUUAGAAAGAGGCACAGAGAGAGAGAGAGACAGAGAGAAAUCAAUCUUCUAUCUGCUACUUCACUCCCCAAAUGUCCACAACAGCUGGAACUGGGCUGAUCUAGAUCCAGGAGCCAGGAGCUUCCUCCAGGUCUCUGACAUGGGUUCAGGGGUCCAAGAACUUGGGCCCAUCUUCCACUGCUUUCCCAGGCCAUAGCAGACAGCUGGAUCGGAAGUGGAGCAUCUGGGUCUCAAACCGGUGCCCAUAUGGGAUGCCGGCACUGCAGGCAGUAGCUUUAGCUGCUAUUCCACAGCGCUGGCCCUGGUGUGCACUUAUUGUCUUCAUGUGUGUGUUUACUUAUUACUGAUCGCACCUUCUAGAAUGUAAUCCUGGGGAGGGCACACACCUCUGUCUUGCUUCCUGAAGUGCCAGCCCCGUGGUUUGUAUUCAGAACUCCUGCAUCCAAAGAUUGUCUCUCAGGAGUAAGAACUUCAUUGAAAGAGACUCUGAAGAGCCACUGUUGCAAGCUGUCUUUGUAUUUGAGAACGCCGCUGUGCUAGAGCUUAUUGUCCGUGGCCACUCUUGGAGAAUUUUGCCUGCUUGCUCUCUUCAAACAUAACCCUCCCUAACUAGCCAGCAUGGAUGCUGAUGGCCCCCAACAAGCUCCUGAACAGCAGGAGUAUUCUUCUGUCUGUGUGGGCACCGAAGAUGACCUUAAGAGACGGGAGCGGAUGACAGCCGUGGUCCAUGACAGGGAGGUGGUCAUUUUCUACCACAGAGGAGAGUACCACGCCAUGGACAUCCGCUGUUACCAUUCAGGAGGGCCUUUACACUUGGGAGAAAUAGAGGAUUUCGAUGGCCGAGCAUGUAUCGUUUGCCCCUGGCAUAAAUACAAAAUCACUCUGGCAACAGGCGAAGGACUGUACCAGUCUAUAAACCCUAGAGAUCCAGCAGCUAAGCCCAAGUGGUGCUCCAAAGGAGUAAAGCAGAGGAUCCACACAGUGACAGUGGACCGGGGGAACGUGUAUGUGACUCUCUCCAAGGAGCCUUUUAAGUGUGACUCCGAUUUUUAUGCCACCGGAGACUUCAAAGUAAUUCGGAGUUCUUCCUGAUAGAAAUGUAUGCCAAUGAGAAAUGUGUAUGCUUGAAAAUAUUUUAGAAUAACUUUGCCACAACAUGAAAAAUGUUUUUUUUUUUCUCCCAACAUAGGCACAACUAUUACUUACCUUUUAAAAAUCAUAGAAAUGAGAGGGGUUUAAAAGCACAGGUACUUGGGAUGAUGUAAGUGAUGUGGACAAUGAAUUUAUUAAUUUUUAAUUCAAGUUCUUGUCUCCUGCAGAGAUAGGACUAUUAAGCAGAGACUGGUAUUGUGUGCAGAUAGGAACAAAGUUUACUUGGCAGUGGGGAUACAAACAUAGAUUCCCAUGCGAGUGUGGCCCACCCUACACAGAGAAAUACACAACAUGAGUGGCCUAAAGAGUUGCCCCUCAACUAGGAGACAAGAAAAACUGAAAACAGCACUCGGAGGUGGGAAGGUCUGUCUGAGAAUAGGAGGAUGGGAGAGGUAUGUCUGAGCACCCACAAAACUGGCGUGGUACCACCAGGCAAGAUCCAAGGUGGAAAAGAGCACUUUCCCAUCUUCCAACACCUUUUAUCUCAUAUGACUCAGAUGCAUCAUGGGAAGGCAGGUGCUUUGACUGGCAAGUAGUUGUGUACAUGUCGUGGAGGGAGUGGCUUAUGAAUUCCAGCUCAAUAGACCCAACUAGUUGCAUGCUUAUUUAUCCCACAUCGUAAGGAUUAUCAUCAUGAUCCACAGAAUACGUUUCAUGCAAUUCUCUCAAUAGAUUAGAACCUGAAGGUCACAGGUUUGGGCUGUUGGAUUUCAGAAAGAUAAAAGUAAUUUGAAGAAUAGGUAAGUAAGUAAGAUUUAGUAGGAAAAUGUUUGUAAAGGAGAAACAAACCCCUAUUUGAUAUAACAGACUUAAUUCUGGAAAAGCAGUAGUAUCAACAAAGUAAACAAACAGUGUCAUGUAACUUCGGCAGCUCUCAGCAUUCUUCCUUCUUGGUCUCCUUGAUACCCCUACAAUCAUAAUUGAUGCUAUUUUUAUACUGUUUAGAUAAAAUUUAAAUAUACUCAGGUGCUCAAAUUUUAGCUGGACAAUUCCCUCAAACAUAUAGUGGAUUUUUCACACUUAAAACGCUUCCAUGUCUGUGCCUCUCAGGUUUACCAAAAAAAAUUUUCAAAUGCCUCAAAAAAUGAGAUCAAUUUACAUGCCGAACUUAAAAAUAAGAUCCUAACCAGUGUGCUAGACAUCCAAACCAAAAGUCUGGCUCAGUUUCUUUAUGGCCAAGGCAGAUUCUUGAAGAAGCUACACACAGCUGCUGCCUAGCUGUGAGAGACAAAGUCUCCCACUCAGCCAGGGUAAUUUGAAUUUCUGUGUGAAAAUUUCAAAUAAAGGAGAUUUUAAAAAAUUUUUAGACAACUCCAUUCAUGUGUGCACAACUGAGAGAUUGCCAUAAUGUUCACAGAGAAAAGAGAGUUAGGGUUUCCUACCUUAAAGAGUUCACAGGCAGGGGUGAUGUUCAGGUGGCUCACUUGGUUUUACCAUGCCAGUUAUUUAUGGCCAGCAUUGUUCUGGUUGCCCGGUGCCCCCACUGGCUGAACCAGUUAUUAAGUACUUUGAUUAACACACUGGGUGCCAGUCAUGCAAAACUCAGCAGCAAAGGGGCCGGCAUUGUGGAGCAGUGGGGUAAGCCCCUGCUUGCAAUGCCAGCAUCCCGUAGCAGAGCACUGGCUCAAGUCCCAGCUGCUCGGUUUCUGACCCAGUUCUUUGCUAAUGUACCUGGGAAGGCAGCAAAAGAUGGUCCGUGUGCCUGGGACCCUGUCACCCAAGUGGGAUGGAGUUCUGGGCUCCUGGCUUCUGCAUGGACCAGCCCUGGCUGUGGUGGCCAUUUGGGGGAGUGGACCAGUGGAUGAAAUCUCUCUCUGUGUCACUCUGCCUUUCAAAUAAAUAAGUAAAUAUGACAACAACAACCCUGAGCAGCACGUAAGAAGAGUAAGUGGGACCAGAAAGGAACAGGAUGAGAAUGAACUUAGGAAUUCAGAGUGAGAAGAUCUGUUCAUGAGGUUGGGAUCCCCAGUCUCAAAGCACAGUAAUCUAAACACCAUAGGAGUGAGUUCCGAGUCCAGUUCUACUCAACAUUAUAAGGGCCUGCCCUGAACUCUUCCCCUGGGUUUUCCUAAAAAAUUGUGAAUAAGGUAUGUCGUAGAAAGGCUGUGCUGACUGAGCCCCGUGCCGCAUGUGUUAUGUUUCCUUCUCUGUUGGGUUAUGGACAGCAGGGGGGACCCUGCACUUCCUGCUCAUUUUCCAGACUACCAAGCUUGGACUUCCUAGAGAUGCUCUUGGUGGCACCAGGCACAGAGAGUACCCCCUCUCUCAGGGGAGUGCACCCCAGGUCUUAACACAUUCCGGAAUGUGCAUGGAGAAACCGGAGUACCUUCUGCGGGCAAAGGCAGGGCCAGUAUCAGCAGCUGUGUUUCUCAGGGGCAGUGGCAGUAACUGGAGCCUGGGUUUGGUUUCUCUGUUCUAAGUGUGUGUCCCCGUGUGUGGAAGUACACCCUGCCAGGUCCUGUCCUCGUGUACAGACCUGGUCUCCCCAGAUGUGUAAGUAAUAGUUUGCUUUAUAAACACAGCAUUCACGAACUGCGAGCCCUUCGUAACUUUACAGGUGAGUUCUGGAAGAAUAAUAGGCAUUCAAACUGCAGCCUGCAGACAGAAAAUACACACCCUCUGUUUGUUUAACCUCCUAAAAAGAUAUAUAGCACUUUGAUAGGGUUUUUUUCCUGCCAAAUAAAUAGACAUUUGAAACCGAUCUUUAAUAAAAACAUAAACACACCUGCUGUCUGAUAAACCACGGUCUAACCCACCAAAUGGUGAAUUUUCUUAUCAAUUAGAGAUCAUAUAGCCAUAUGUGUAUUCUACAUCAACUCCAUUUUAUUUUCCCUGCCAUAUAAACACUAAGAGUGACACUGACACAGCAGUCCCCUGCCCCCGCCCCUUUUCCAAAAGCAGAGCAUUCCAGUGUUGGCAGGUGCGAGGCGCCAGUGGACAGACGAGUCUCGGGCUCUGCUGAGUGAUAUUUGUGUUCAGACCCUGCUCACUCAUUCAUUUCAGUUGACUGGUCAAACACCGAAUGUAAGACCUGGAUCUUGUUACUCCGCUUAGGAGCAGGAGGCUUGGGGUCCUGUGAAAUGUGGUCCGGCUUCUCCGGCAGUGACCUGUAAGGUUUGGCUUUGAUUCCACCAUCAGGAAACUCGGGCUCCACAAGUAUGGGCUCGGAAAAGGCUUUUCUGGAAUGUUCGCCCUGCUCUUGGUUUUGCCUAAAGGACUCCUCUUCUUGCAAGAUGGUCUUUACCUUCUCCAGGACAGCAUUAACACAGACGGCC